GCCGCCAUGGAGCAGCGCGUGGCGGAGCAGCUCCGCAGCGUGCUGGGCCCGCUCGGCCUCGAGGCGCACGCCUUCAAGGUUGGGUGGUACAAUGCUGUUCUCCAGCCAGCCUUCCACCUCCCCUACCCAGAUGACACCCUGGCCUUCGUGGUCCUCAGCACGCCGUCCAUGUUCGACAAGGCCCUUAAGCCUUUUGUGAAAAAAGAACGAUUGAAAAUAAUCAGGGACCCUGUGGAUCAGUGUGUUUCCUAUCAUUUAUCACGUGUGAAGGAGAGAUUCCCUGACCAGAGGAUGGAUGUCAUGUUUGACUACGAGAUGCUGCCGAGCCGAAAGCCCAAGUUCCUGGCACAGACAGCUGCCCAUGUUGCUGGAGCUGCAUAUUACUACCAAAGGAAGGAUGUGAAGCUCGAUCCUUGGGGGAAAAAGAAGAUCUUUGGCGUUUGUAUCCAUCCCAAGUAUGGUGGCUGGUUUGCUAUCCGGGGUCUCCUGCUCUUCCCAGACAUUCAGGUGCCGUUCCUGGAACAGCGCGCCCCUGUUGACUGUGUGAGCACAGAGGAGAAAAGGAUUGAGCUGCUGGAGCAGUUCAAUUUCCACUGGCAGGACUGCCGCUACAGGGACAUCAUUGAAGUGAAGGAAAGGUACUCGGAGGAGCAAAAAGCCUAUUUUGCCACUCCUCCAGCCGAGAGAUUCCGGCUGCUGGGGCUCUCACAGGAAGCCCAGAGAAUCACAUUUCACUGAGAAACCGGCUCGGUGGAGGGCAGAGGGCAGCAGAGGGUAACUGGUGAGCACCGGCAUUUCCCGAUGCCGAGGAGGAGGAGGAGGAGGAGGAGGUGGAGGAGGAUGGUUAUGCUGGUACAGACAUGGCAAAUCCGAGCAGCCUCGAUGCAAACAUUGCAAUCAAAGCUUCCCAGAGAGAGGAGCGCUGCUCCGCGGUCUGGGGGAGGUGGGAGCCGUCUGUUCUGUGCUGCUGCUGAUCUGGGGUGUCCUUUGGGGAGUCCAGUAAGGUGCCAUUAGCCUUUGGUUGGGAGUAGUUUAGAAAUCCUGGCAACUUCAAAAUCGGUGCUGGUCAUUAGAGAAAUCACUUUUGUUCUCAAGAAUUAUCUUUCCGAAUGUUCUGGUUUUAUUCUCUGUAGGUGUAAAAAAAAAUUCAGUCAUUGUACUACUCAGUUGGAUUUUGUCUAAACUUGGGGCAGGUACUUUUUUAGCUGUAGCCAGCAUUUUAUUAUCCUGUGUCAUGACUCUCCCUAGGGAACAGAUGUCAAGUCUUUACAGUCUUGCCUAGGUCACAUUCAAGCAUUUAUCCAUUCAUAGAGCUGACUGGAAUGUUUGGAAAGAUGCUGAGUUAAUGUCCAUUGGAGGUUUUACUUAUGUUAAGAUAACUGACUGAAAAAGACAAUUCUUGUGGCCUUUUCUAAGGUAGACCACAUUUGUGUUAAAAGUAUUUUUCAGUGCCAGCACACAGCACACCCCCACAGUUACUGCCAAGGUUUCUGGUGUGCUUUCUGUGUGGCAAAGAUUGUAAACCUGCACACACAUAAAAGCCAUGGCACAAGGCCUUGUCACAUGCACAGGCAAACAAGCACAGAAGAAAGGGAAACAUUAAUGACACUCAUGUUACUUAUAUUGCUGCAUAAAACAUGUUCAGACAGAAACAUUUUUUACAUGACUUUGUCCUGUUACAUUUGUUCAGGGGCUACAAUGCCUGGAAAUCAGGAAUUAAUUUAUCUUUGAGCAAUUUGAGGCUCAGAUCUCGUUAAAGUAAUAUAAUACAUUAAAAUAAUAUUUUGUGGGAGUUGUUUUACUAGACUGCAGUGCAAUGCUGCAAAUGGACAGGCACUUCUUUCCUUUUGAUGGUAUCAACAUGAUGAUGAAGAAAUACUCACUUUGCAGAACUGAGCCCUUUCUUUUUAUGUUGGGAUUCUUCAAAGCUUUUGGAGACUCCACCACAAAGGUUGCCCUCACCAUUGUUCACUGCUUGAUACAGUUGCUCAGAGUCUGUACACUAACUCAUCGUAAUUCAAAUUCAGGAUAACAAGUUUGCUUCCCUGGAAACAGAGUAGUGAGCAUGUGAUCACUGGGUUUGUUCACUGCAUUUACUGUUACAAAAAAGUCUUUGUUGCUUUCCAUGCUUUGUUCAUCUCUGACUAAGGCAGACACCUGACUUAGAAUGUGAUAGAGGUAUUGUGAUGUUUAAUUUAAUGAAAGAAUGAAUUUUUUUAAAAAUCUGUUCUUUUGUUACAGAAUUACUUCUGGUUCAAAUUUGUUUGAUGUUUCAGAACAUUUAAACUGAACUGUAAUUUAACAGGGGCUUGAGGUAAUGGCCAUAUUAGUAACAAAGACAAAAUACUGAUUCUCUUAGAAGGAUAAAUAUAGAUUUGAAUCAAAUCUAUCUUUUUAUAUUACAAUUUAAAGUAAAUUAUUUUGAUUUUUUGGCAUUGAUUUCUUACAAAUAUUUAAUAUUUUGUCUUAAUUUAUUAAACAGAUUACCAUGGUCACUGCAUUUCAAUUUCUGUAAUUUAUUUCUCUUCAAAAGGUAUUUUGGUUACUAAAUAUACAAAGUUGUAAGUAAACCUCAGUACUGAGUAUUUUUAUUUAAACAAUGCAGUUCUUAACUUGUGGAGAACUCAAGAUGUUCAAGCAAGAAUCAAUCAUGGUGUUUUAAUAUCCUGAAACGAGUGAGAUACCUAAGACACAUACAGUCCAAUAUCUGAAAACUAAGGCAAAAAAUUGUUAUCUUAGCAGGAGUUGGUAAACUAUUAUCACAGGCCCACUGGGAUAUAAAAAAUAAAACCUACAUCAUAUUAUGAGUAAGUCCAAUGAAGGUUUAUCUUUCCCAGGUCAUUUCAACAAGAGCAUUAACAGCAAGCACCAUGACAGUGCACUUCUCAUUUCUUCCUCUGUUCUUAACAGUAACAAAAGUUCCUGGUCCAGUGAGACAUCACUGAGGGACUUUUCCUCAGUAGCAUUAAAGUAAGACCUGUAAGUACUGGAAUUUUUACUGGUUAAAACCUAUGAGUGAACAGAGUCACAGAUCUGUGUUCCUUGUGCUUCUGGGAAUAGUUGUGUCAGGCAGAACAGAGUGCAAAUAUUUAGCAAUAUCCAUUCCUACUGCAGUGAUUUUGGAGUGACUUGGACUGGGCAUUUCUUUCUCUCAGCCAGCUCGCUGAGGUCCACAGCUGCACAGUGAGAUACACAGUGAGUAGAUUUCUCCCCUUGCUGGUUGGAGUAUAAUGGCCUUUGUCUUAUAAAAUUGAAGUUUGAGAACCUGUUUGACUUACCUCAUCUCUUGGGACAAGACCAGACAUGGUGAGGAAUGGAUCAGCCUUGGAUCCUGAGGCAUUGUGAAGGCAUUCUUGGUUUCAGCCCUUGCAAAUGUCAAACAAGUAAUUGCAAAUACUUGGAUAGCUUUGCUAGUUCAAGUAUUUCAUUUUACAUUUUUAGACAAGCUUUUCUCUAAAUCCUAAUUUUUAAACAUUUAUUAAAGAUUUUUUUUGUCAGUAUAACCAGUAAGGUGAGUAUUCAAGAGCUGAGCAGGAAAAACAAAAGAAAUUAAAAGCAACUUGAAUUUAAAUUCAGUUUUAGCAACAAGGUAUUCAGUACAUUUCAAGCUAAUAAAAUAGUUUAUGGGGAAUUAACAAAUUUGUAAUAGUUUUAUGCAUUUACAAUUCUUACUAUCCUUAUGUUUUCCCUAUUUUUACUUCAUUAACCUAAAAAUGAGAUUUUUAUAACAAUUAAAGAUUUGACAGACAAUACCAAUUAAAUACAAAACACAGUGUAACCUGGUGACCAGCGGCCAUCGGAGCUGUUGCUCAGAAAAACACCUCUGAAAAUACUUUUGGUGGUUUUUGGUAUCAGUUUGAAUCAGUUACAUCUCUGUGGUACGAUAAUAAGCACUAAAGUUUCUUUGUGGUAUGAAGAAGAGUGUGGCAAACUUAAUUCCUGAUACUGACUUGUUUCUUUCUCCCAUAAAAAGAGUGGCUUGUAACGAUACUGUUUUCAUCUGAACUAUGGAAAACUAAAGAUGUUUUGCUGUAUAAAUCAGUGCUGGUGUGUCAGACAAAAAUAGCCAACCUUAGGAGAGCAGGGAUCUCUUCUGGUUUGUUGUUUUGAUGAGGGUUUUAAAGUCUGGUUUGUGCUAUGUUUUUGUUUUGUUUUGUUUUUUUAGGGCUAGAUUUCCCUCCUCUGGAUCAGAAGCAUAAUUUUACUCAUUCAUUAUAAUAUUCAUGGUCUUAUUCAGUUGUGGCCAAAAUUAUUGUUGGUGUAGCUAUUAUUUGACACGGGUUAUAUUUCUGAGAAUGCACAUUAACUUGAAUUGAAAUUGAAUCAAAAACCCCCUGAGUUAAGACUGAUGUAUUUCAAAAAACAAGACAGUGGCAGCUUCUGGUCAGUGCCAGUGUGGUUAUCAGCACUCUUUGUUAAGCCUCAUGCAAAAAGUGUAUUUAAUAAAUUAGCUUUGAAUACUGACUUCAGCAGCAGCAGUUCAAAACUCUUCCUCUGAGGGAAGUGGUUUUGCUGCUCACUGCAGUAAAGAAACAGCUGCACCUCUGCAAGCUGAACUUUCAGAUUCAUCUACCAAAAUAGACAAAUCUAUUCAUGAGAGGGUUUUUGCUGUUACACUGGCUUCCUGUGCUACCAUGUAUCCUGUGACAGAUCAUCCAUCAAGUUUCCUUCAGAAAACAGAACAGAGCACUUCCCUUCUAGGUUUUCAAGGAGGAAACAGAGCACCAAGGAACAUAAAUGAGCUUUUCUUUUACCUAUGUGAUUGAAAAAGAUGUUAAUAUUCUUCAGGAAAUAUGGUGGGAAACUUGAAAGAAUUGAAUAUUUUGUCAUAAAAUGAGCAGGAAGAAAUUUUAUUGGAAUGAUUAAAAUCUCUCCAGUAAUAUACUAAGAUCUGCAAAAUGUGAUUAUAUAUGCAUACAAAUAUUUGAAAUGGCUACUAUCAUUCACUAAAAUUACAUCUAUAAUUCUCAUGUUAUCUUUGUUGAUGUAUGUACAUAACUUAGUGAGAAAGCAAUUUUAUUUUAAUAACUGCAUAUGUUUUAUUUCCCCCCAAACACCUUGAAAAGUUCUGAAGAUCAGACACAUUUACACUAAGUUGCUUGGGUUUUUUUUUUCCUCAUGUAGAACAAACCAUGGUACAGGAAAAUUCCUUUAACUGGAUUACAGAAGGAGUGGAGGGAUUUUUCUGUGUUUCCUAAAUUUAUGCAGAAUCAUUGCUUUUUCUGUGAAUGUAUAAACCCUCUUACUCUUUUUAAAGGAAUUAGUCUUAGGUUUUAAUUUCAUGUCAUAACCUUUUUUCCAGUGUUGUUCAGACUAGUCUUUCACUGUUGCUUCAGUCUUCCUAAAUGUAUGAAAAAGCCUUAUUGUUGUGAAAGAUGAAUCUGAUGAAAUACAUCAAUUUUAGGCUA